UCUCACACAACAAAAAACUAACAUCAAAAAAAAAAAAACAUAACAAUGGGGCUUCUUCACUACUUGUCUCUCUUGUCUUGUCUCCACCUCCUUCCUCCAUCCUUCGUUGCCUCUUCCCCUGUCCCCGACCCCGAACUCGUAGUCCAAGAAGUUAACGAGAAGAUAAAUGCGUCUAGGAGGAAUCUAGGUGUACUCUCGUGUGGGAACGGCAAUCCGAUAGACGACUGUUGGAGAUGCGACCCGCAUUGGGAGAAAAACCGUCAACGUCUAGCCGAUUGCGCGAUUGGGUUCGGCAAACACGCGAUCGGCGGACGGGACGGGAAAAUCUACGUGGUCACCGACCCGACCGACAAAGAUCCCGUAAACCCUAAACCCGGAACUCUACGACACGCCGUGAUCCAGGACGAGCCCCUGUGGAUCAUAUUCGCACGGGACAUGGUCAUAAAGCUGAAAGAGGAACUGAUAAUGAACUCGUUCAAGACGAUAGACGGACGCGGAAGCAGCGUCCACAUCGCGGGUGGCGCGUGUGUCACCAUCCAGUAUGUGACGAACAUUAUCAUCCACGGGAUUAACGUCCACGACUGUAAAAGAGCCGGGAAUACGUACGUUCGGGACUCCCCGUCGCAUUACGGGUGGCGGACGGCGUCCGACGGGGACGCCAUCUCGAUAUUCGGCGGCUCGCACGUGUGGGUCGACCACUGCUCGUUGUCGAACUGUCAGGACGGAUUGAUCGACGCGAUUCACGGAUCGACGGCCAUUACGAUCUCCAAUAACUACAUGACCCACCACAACAAAGUCAUGCUUUUAGGACAUAGUGAUUCCUACACAAGAGACAAGAACAUGCAAGUCACCAUUGCUUUCAAUCACUUUGGCGAAGGUCUUGUCCAGAGAAUGCCCCGAUGUAGACAUGGCUAUUUUCACGUGGUGAACAAUGACUACACGCAUUGGCAAAUGUAUGCAAUUGGAGGGAGUGCAGCUCCAACAAUAAAUAGCCAGGGCAAUAGGUUUCUUGCCCCCAACGACAGAGUCUUCAAAGAGGUGACUAAAUACGAGGAUGCACCUCAAAGCGAGUGGAAAAAAUGGAACUGGAGAUCGGAGGGCGACAUGUUUCUGAACGGCGCAUUCUUCACGGCGUCGGGGAAAGCAGCCUCGUCUAGCUACGCCAAGGCGUCGAGCCUGGCGGCUAGGCCGUCCACCCUAGUGGCUUCGGUCACGGCUAACGCUGGCGCGCUCGUCUGCAAGAAAGGGUCUCGCUGCUAAUCAAAUAGAUCCAUCACCCUACAUUAUACUAUAUAUCAUCCGGUUUAAUUUAAGGAUGACUUGUUUUUUUUUUUUUAAUGUUCCAAUAUAUAUAUAUAAACAAAUAUCUGAUCUUAUGUUUAAUUAAAAUUCUCCAAUGUAAAUCAACUUUCUUACCUUUUUUUUUUGUGGGUUUAGUUCUAAGUUGGAUUCGAUGUAUAAACACCACACAAGGUUCCUAGCUUUGUGUAUUAAAAAAAAAAAAGCCUUAUGUGGUGUGGGGUUACAUGA